UGAUUCCUCUUGCCCUUCCUGGUCAGCCAUAACAACAGCGAUGGCGGCUGCAGCACGGUUCUUCAUCCGAGGAGCAACCUCGAAACUUUCUAUCUCCAGUAUUGGCACCAGGGCUCAGAGCUCGUUCGGAGCCAAUCUGCUGAAAUUGUCGCCAGGCUGCAGCUCCCGUACAAAAACACAACGAAGACAUGCAGCGCACUUUACCUUCCAGCCUGACCCUGUCCAGACGCAGUAUGGUCCCACCCAGAAGAUGAACUUGUUCCAGUCUAUUACAAGUGCCUUGGACAACACUCUCGCCAGUGAUCCAACAGCAGUCAUUUUUGGGGAAGAUGUUGCCUUUGGUGGAGUAUUCCGAUGUACAGUGGGACUGAGAGACAAAUAUGGUAAAGACAGAGUCUUCAACACUCCCCUUUGUGAGCAGGGGAUUGUGGGAUUUGGCAUUGGUGUAGCUGUUGCUGGUGCUACAGCCAUUGCUGAGAUCCAGUUUGCUGACUACAUCUUUCCUGCUUUUGACCAGAUAGUCAAUGAAGCAGCCAAGUACCGCUACCGCUCUGGCAACUUGUUCGACUGCGGCAGCCUCACCAUUCGGGCUCCAUGGGGCUGCGUUGGCCAUGGAUCACUUUACCACUCACAAAGCCCAGAAGCCUUCUUUGCCCACUGCCCAGGGCUCAAGGUCGUAAUACCUCGUGGUCCUGUGCAGGCCAAGGGACUGCUCCUCUCCUGCAUCGCAGACAGGAACCCCUGCAUAUUCUUUGAGCCCAAGAUCCUGUACAGAGCAGCAGUCGAGCAGGUUCCUGAGGAGGCCUACACCAUCCCACUCUCGCAGGCCGAGAUUCUACAGGAAGGAAGUGAUGUCACCCUAGUUGCCUGGGGGACGCAGGUCCAUGUGAUGCGGGAGGUGGCCAGCAUGGCUCAAGAGAAGCUGGGAGUGUCCUGCGAGGUCAUUGAUCUGCAGACCAUCCUGCCCUGGGAUAUUGAAACUGUUUGUAAGUCAGUGGUGAAAACUGGGCGUUUGCUCAUCAGCCAUGAGGCACCAGUAACCGGAGGCUUUGCUGGUGAAAUCAGCUCUACAGUACAGGAGGAGUGCUUCCUUAACUUGGAGGCUCCCAUCACUAGGGUCUGUGGUUACGACACCCCCUUCCCUCACAUCUUUGAACCUUUCUACAUCCCAGACAAGUGGAAGUGCUUUGAAGCAAUCAAGAGGAUGAUCAACUACUGAACCCCUGUCAGAGCCAACUUCUUGUUGCCCUGAACUCCAUACUCGCUCCUUUUCCUCUUCAUUCAUCCAAUCAGUGGAGUGUAGCCAGGAAAAGACACUUUGUUGACCAUCCAAUCAGGAAGCAGCAACCAGAUGUCCCUCUGUGUCCUCCAGCUAAAAGACUGUUACAGUACCUCUGGAUGAGGGAACGUCAUUCUAUUGCAAGGCAAAAAUGACUUCAUCCACUCUAUAAGGUGAAACUCAACAAAAUGCAUAAUUUCAUUUCUUCUUAAAUAAGAGUUGGAUACUGCAGAGGUUUUUUUGGUUGAAUUUGUGACUAUCUGCUUUUCUGUGCUGUUACUUUUGAUUGAAUGUGUUUAACUGUGCUCUAAUCUUUAUUCAGUUUGGCAUGAACUGGUCCCGGUUGUACUAAUAUAAUGGAUCUUUGGUUUUUAAGGAAAAUAAACUAAUCAGAACUGA